ACAUGGAAAAUCGAAGUUCCCGCCCACUUCGAAAUUUAAAUUCACUUUCCCAUUUUCUGAUCGUUGAAUAAACGUCAGUAUCUCUCGACUCUUCUUCUUCCCCUCUACUCUCUCUUCUUGCUUGACACCACUGAAGAUGGGCAAACCCCGAAAACGGGAGAUCCAAGAGACCGAAGACGACCCGUUUCCCUCUCAGGAAGAGGACCCGAUUACUCUGUUGUCCUCGAGAGCUAAAAAAACGAAAAAAGCCAAGCUUGAUUCUGAGUUGUCCCUCGUCGGAAACCCCAUUCCGGCUGCCGAAGCCCGCAAGAAAUGGCCCCUCCGCUACAAAUCCCAGAAUAAAGUGAAGAAAGGGGCCGUCCCAGAGAGUGCUAAUGGGGCAUCGGGAGAAGAGGAAGAUGUAUUGCAAGCGAAAUGUCACUAUACACAAGCAAUGGUUGAUAAUGUUUUAUAUAAACUUGGAGACGAUGCCUAUGUCAAAGCUGACGAUGGAAGUCCCGAUUACAUUGCUAGAAUUGUGGAGUUGUUUGAAACCAUUGAAGGAGAACCGUACUUUACUGCUCAAUGGUUUUAUAGAACUGAAGACACUGUUAUUAAGGACCAUGCACAAUCUACAGAGAGCAGACGCGUGUUUCUUUCAGAAAUUAAAGAUGACAAUCCGUUGAAUUGCAUUGUCUCCAAAAUAAAAAUUGCCCUAGUUGCACCAAAUAUGGAUUUAGCAGCAAAGGAGAGAAAAAUUCCACCUUGUGACCUGUAUUAUGAUAUGAAAUAUACAUUACCUUUUUUGACUUUUCAAACAAUAAAGUCAGAUAAUUCUAUAAGAGAUAGUGGUUCAUCAUCAACUAUAUCAAGUGAGAGUGAUUCAAACAAUAGUAUUGAUGAUGUUAAUGAUGCCAUUGGAAAACCUUCAAAAGCUCAUAGGUGUGAGAAGUCAGAGAUGCAUUUGUUGGACCUGUACUCUGGUUGUGGUGCCAUGUCAACUGGCCUUUGUAUGGGUGCUUCUUUGUCUAGUGUGAAAUUAGUGACUAAGUGGGCUGUUGACAUCAACCCUAAUGCAUGCAAGAGUUUGAAAAUAAACCACCCUGAAACUGAGGUGAGAAAUGAGGCAGCAGAAGAUUUUUUAUCUCUAUUGAAGGAAUGGGAAAAGUUAUGCAGGAAUUUCUCAUUAUUUGCAUCAGAAAGACACCCAGAACAAAGUUCUAAUUCUGUAAGUGAUAAUGAAGAAGAUGAAGACGAAGAAGACCAGGAUAAUUAUGGUACUGAUGAAGGGUCUGAAAUUCUCUCUGAAGAAUUUGAAGUGGAAAAGCUACUAGCUAUUUGUUAUGGUGAUCCUAACAAAACCAAGACACGUGGGCUAUUUUUUAAGGUACGUUGGAAGGGUUAUGGUCCAAGUGAGGACACUUGGGAGCCUAUUGAGGGCUUAAGUAAAUGCAAGGACAAACUUCAGGAGUUUGUGACAAAAGGUUAUCGGUCAAAUAUCUUGCCUCUUCCUGGCAAUGCUGAUUUAAUAUGUGGAGGCCCCCCAUGUCAGGGAAUUAGUGGCUUUAAUCGAUUUAGAAACACGAAAGCUCCCUUGGAUGAUCCCAAGAACCAUCAAUUGGUGGUUUUCAUGGACAUUGUUGAGUAUUUAAAGCCAAAGUAUGUUCUCAUGGAAAAUGUUGUGGAUAUUUUGAGGUUUGCUAGUGGCUUCUUGGGGCGUUAUGCCCUUGGUCGUCUAAUUUCUAUGAACUAUCAAGCCCGACUAGGAAUAAUGGCUGCUGGAUCAUAUGGUCUGCCGCAAUUUCGAAUGCGAGUCUUCUUGUGGGGUUCUCAUCCAUUGGAGAGCUUGCCCCAAUAUCCAUUGCCAACACAUGAAGUUGUUGCAAGAGGGGGCAUCCCAAAUGAAUUUGAGGAAAUUGCUGUUGCCUAUGACAAAAAUCUUCCUUGUCAAUUGGAAAAGGCUCUCUUUCUUGGAGAUGCAAUAUCAGAUCUCCCACCAGUCACGAAUGAUGAGAGUCGGGAUGAAAGAAGGUAUGGGACAACUUCUCGAAUGGGCUUUCAAAGAUAUAUUCGAUUGAAAAGAGAUGAUGUAGUAGGUUAUACAGCUGCAGCUGCUAAAAAUGCAUCCCGUCCUCGCAUGUUGUAUGAUCACCGACCUCUAAAGUUGAACAGUGAUGAUUAUGAACGUGUGUGCUGCAUUCCCAAGAAGAAGGGUGCAAAUUUUAGGGAUCUACCUGGUGUGUCGGUUGGUCCAGAUAACAAGGUAGAAUGGGACCAAUCAAUGGAAAGAGUGAUGCUUCCAUCUGGCAAACCCUUGGUCCCUGAUUAUGCAAUGAAGUUUGUUCGUGGGACAUCUACAAAGCCAUUUGGUCGUUUGUGGUGGGAUGAAAUUGUUGCAACUGUUGUCACAAGGGCUGAACCUCACAAUCAGGCUGUCCUUCAUCCCGUACAAGAUCGAGUGCUCACAAUCCGUGAAAAUGCAAGAUUACAAGGGUUCCCUGAUUGCUAUCAGCUGUAUGGUCCUAUAAAGGAGAGGUACAUACAAGUUGGCAAUGCUGUAGCUGUUCCUGUUGCCAUCGCAUUGGGAUACAGUUUUGGAAUGGCGUGCCAAGGAUUUUCAGAUGACAAGCCUUUGACUACCUUACCUUUUAAGUUCCCCAAUUGCCUUGAGAGAUCAUCAUCAACACAUAUGGAAGAAGACGAUUCCGAUUGACUUGUAAGGAAAUUCAAACUUACAAUUUUAUAUAUCAUUCUUGCCAUUGUUGCCGCUGGCACAUUUCACUUUGUAAGAAAUCUCAAGUUAUUUGCGGCAAUUCGAGAAAUGCCAACCUAGGUGGCCUUUCUAAUUUUUAAGAGCGUCAGGAAAGCAAUGUCUUAAAAAUUAACUUUGUUUUUCUCCUAAUGUGACCUUUGACCUCAAUUCUGUGUCUCUGACAGUGUUGUUUCA